AUGUCGCAGCAAGGCGGCUUGCUGACAGCCCUCCGCUGCUGGCCGCGGAUCACAACGUUCAAAAGAGAGGCCGAGUCGGCUUCCCAAGGCCCUCAGCAACGCGCGAAGCAUUCUGUGGUAGCCGGUGCAAAGGACGCCCUCGCGAAGCUUUGUCUGGCAUGUCGGACCGAGCUCCCAGAGGCCAUCCUGGCAUUCGCGGAUGCCGUGGAGAUCACUUCGGCGUCGGGGAAAGGCGACGAGGUGCACUUCCCCUGCCCUCUCAGGGAGCAGGAGGCAGUGACGGCCAUCAAAGCCCUCGAGGCUUGUGCCGCCGCCGCCAUUGCCCAACUCCGCUAUGGGAUGGAGAGCAAGAAGAUUCGAAUCGACGUCGACAGGGUUUCGGCCUUCUUGAUGUCGGCUUACCUCACCACACUCGAUGGCAUGGACAAGGCCGAUCCCCGGAUCAGGGAGAGAAUUCCAGACACGGACCUGAACCAGGCCCAGUCGGUGCUCUACCGCCGCAUGUCGGCGAACCUGUACAGAACCAAAAACCGGGGCGAGUACUACCACAUCCACGGGUCUCUCGACGCAGAUGUGACCCUAGAGAUGCUGGGGCUGCCUAAGAACAACCCGUCCAUGACCGACUACCGCUCCAUCAUCGACUACAUUGAGUCCGCCGUCAUGCAACACUCAGCCGCCGAACUGGACAGCCUCAACGUCGCCCACCGCCAGGCCGGCAUCCAGGCAUUAACCUGGGCCCAAUUCAAAGCCACCUCCCACGGCAAAGCCCUCCUGCAACUGCCCCCUUUUACCGUCCAGCCCCACCAUCCCGGAGGAGAGAACCCCUGCUCCCACGAGCAACAGCCGAUCCCGCCUCUCCAAUUCCCCCCCGCGCCUCCAUCUUCCGCCGAGCCCUCGGCCCUGCACGGCAUCAAAGUCCUCGAACUCUGCCGCAUCAUCGCCGGCCCAACCAUCGGCCGCUCGCUGGCCGCGCACGGCGCUAAAGUCCUCAAGGUCACGGCGCCGCACCUCCCGGACGUGCCCUUCUUCCAGCUCGACGUCAACACGGGCAAGCACGCGAUCCACCUGGACCUGCGCAACAGCGCCGCCGACCGCGCCACCUUCGACGCCCUCCUCGCCGACGCCGACGUGCUCAUCGACGGCUACCGGCCCGGCGCGCUCGCCCGGCUGGGCUACGGGCCGUCCCAGCUGGCCGCACUCGCCGCCCGCCGCGGCCGCGCCUUCGUCUACGUCGCCGAGGACUGCUUCGGCGGCACCGGCCGCCCCGGCGCCGAGUGGGCCGCCCGCCGGGGCUGGCAGCAGAUUGCCGACUGCGCGACGGGCGUCGCCUGGGCGCAGGGCGCCUUCAUGAUGUCGGACCAGGACCGGGACCAGGACCAACAGGAACCGGAGCCGGAACCCGUGGUCCCGCCCUUCCCCAUGUCCGACUACGGCACGGGCGCGCUGGGCAGCUUGGCCGCGCUGGCGGGCCUGUACCGGCGCGCGACGGCCGACCACAGCCAGGGCGGCGGCUCUUCCUCCUCCUUCUCCUCCCGGCCGGUGUGGGUCUGGGAGUGCCGCACCAGCCUGUGCCAGUACGACGCGUUCCUGAUGGGGCUGGGCCUGCUGCCGGCGGGGGAGCGGGCGCGGCUGCGCCGGGCGCACGACAACGAGGCGGGCUUCUUCGCGCUGCGGCACAGCGACUCGGUCGACGAGGUCGGCCGGCGCGCGCUCGCCAGCAUGCGCCGCGCCGUGCCCUACCUGUUCGACGAGCGGCGGAUGAUGUGCGAGGCCUGGAGCGAGGGGUUCGGCGGGUGGAUUCGCUGGCCGAAGGAGGCGGUGCAGAUCGACGGGUUGAGGGUCGGGCAUGUGCGCGCCGCGCGGCCGAAUGGCUGGGACAAGGUCGCUAGUUGGGACGGGUGGGAGGAGGAGGAGAUUGGGGAGGUUCGGGGGAUGCAGGAGGGAGAAGAGACGGAGAAGGUGGCUCUUGUUUUGCCCGGCGAUAAUGGCCAGCAUUCACAUGGAGCGUGUGCGGAAUGCACAAAGGAAGAAAGAAGACAGACAAGAGGACGGGCAAGACUGGUUGAUGAUCUGGCUGGCUGA